AUGGCACAAGGGCCAAUCCAGUUUAAUCCCGCAGUAGUGGGCGACCUCGACGAUGAGGGCUUUUCGGAAACGAUGACUCUACGCGGGUCGACUCUAUCACUGAGUGCUAGCGUCAGAGAGUACCGAACUAUCCACGGCAGAACCUUUCAGACAUCGAGCACCACCGAUUAUUUAUACCCAAACGACGAAGAACAGAUCGAAGGCUUCGACAUCACACACCACUACUUAUUGAUGCUCAUGGACGACAAACUGUUUGUCUGUCCGUUUGAGAAAGGCCACAACGUAUUGGAUAUCGGAACCGGAACCGGGAUCUGGGCCAUCGACUUCGCCGACGAGUUCCCGAGCGCCGAAGUAAUCGGAACAGACAUUUCAGCCAUCCAGCCGGGCUGGGUCCCGCCGAACUGCAGAUUCCAGAUCGACGACGCCCAGCUGAACUGGACAUUCAAGAAGGACCACUUCGACUUCAUCCACGCCCGGGGCCUCUCUGGCGGCAUCGACGACUGGCAGCGCCUCUACGACCAGGCCUUUGAGCACCUCGCACCCGGCGGCUGGUUUGAGAGCAUGGAGGCCGACAGCCAGGUCCGCUCCGAGAACCCGGGCGUCGAGGCGGACCCGGACCACGUCCUCAAGCAGUGGGCGCCCCUGUUCUGGGAGGCCGGCGACAAGACGGGCCGCACGUUCCGCAUGGCGCAGGACGACGGCCGGACCCCGAUCCUCAUGGAGACGUGCAUGCGCAACGCCGGGUUCGUCGACGUCGAGCACAGGCAGUGGAAGAUCCCCGUGGGCGGGUGGGCCAAGGACGGGAGGCACAGGAAGAUCGGCUACUUCGCCGCGUUGUACGUCGACCAGGGCCUCGAAGGGUGGGCGUUGAGGCCGUUGGGUGAGAUCCUGGGGUGGAGCUACGAGAGACUCCUCGCCUUCACCGCUGGGAUGCGCAACGCUCUUCGAGACACAAAGUCGUUGCCGUACUUCAACUAUCAUGUGGUUUACGGCCGGAAGCCGAUGCCAGACGUUUGA